UAUAGUUUUCCUUUUCUUUUUCUAAUACCUCUGCGACUCUCUAUGCUUGUUUCUUGGAAAAUUCUAGCAUAUAAGCCUGUAUCAAACUAUCAAUCAUAUGACCGAUUAUUUAAUGACUCCAAUUUGAGUGAUUCGUGUUGAACACAGAAACACCCAGAAACAGAAAAAAGAUGCCCAAACGGUGACACCAAUGCCAUUGAUGCUGAUUGUGCUUUGGUCUCAUGCAUACUUUCUUUCUUUAGAGCAAAGCUUUGAUUUUUAGACCGAAAGGUUUAAACUUUAGCAGAAAAGUUUUGAUCUUUAGCGAAACACAGAAGAACCCAGAAGAGUAAUAGUGAGAACCCAGAAAUGGUGGAGAUGAACAAGGAAGAAGAGAAGGAGGGAAUGACGAUAAUCAAAGGAAAAGAAGCUAUCGGGUUGAGAAUCGUCAACAUGUUUGUGGCGAUGGCUUUGUGGCUUGGAGCUAUUCAUUUCAACGUGGCUUUGAUUCUCCUCACCGUUUGCUUCCUUCCUAUUUCAAAGGCCAUAUUGGUAUUUGGGUUGCUUGUGUUGUUUAUGAUAGUCCCAGUUGAUGACAAGAGCAAAAUAGGAAGAAGAGUGGCCAGGUACAUAUGUAAGUAUGCCUGUGGUUAUUUCCCAGUGACUUUGUAUGUAGAGGAAAAGCAUGUGUUUGAUCCCAAUUGCUCCUAUGUCUUUGGUUAUGAGCCACAUUCGGUUUUGCCAAUUGGUGUUGUUGCACUUGCUGACAUGACUGGGUUCUUGGGUCUCCCUAAGAUGAAGGUCCUUGCAAGUACUGCUGUAUUUUAUACACCAUUCCUAAGACAUAUAUGGACAUGGUUGGGUCUUACACCAGCCACAAAGAGAAACUUUGUCUCCAAUUUGGCUGCUGGUUAUAGUUGUGUCAUUGUGCCUGGUGGAGUGCAGGAGACAUUUCAUAUGGAGCACGGUAAAGAGAAAGUAUUCCUUAAGAAGAGAACCGGAUUUGUUCGUAUAGCCCUGGAGAAUGGCUAUCCCCUGGUUCCAGUCUUCUGCUUUGGUCAGUCAAAUGUUUACAAGUGGUGGAAACCAAGUGGAGAGCUAUUCCUGAAGUUUGCUAGAGCUAUCAAGUUCAGCCCUAUUGUUUUCUGGGGAAUGUUUGGGUCCCCUUUACCCUACAGGCAUCCAAUGGAUGUGGUAGUUGGUAAACCAAUAGAUAUCAAGAAAAAUCCAGAACCCACCAUGGAAGAGGUCAUGGAAAUACAUGGUCAGUAUGUUAAAGCACUGAAGGACCUUUUUGAAAAGCACAAGGCACGGGCUGGCUAUCCUGAUCUUCAGUUGGAAAUCAUUUGAUCACAUGAUGAUUUAUGUUUGUCCAUGUUCUCUCAUUGUAUCUCAUUUGUUCUGUUCAGUUGUGGACAAUUAGCUAGAACAAUUUGUAUGUGCUAUGUAGUUAUACAGCAGAAAUGACAGUUGAAAUAUUGGUCUUGAGGUUUAGCUAGUGAUCAAGCUGCUUAUUACAUAACACAGCGCGCUUUGCUUACGGAGACUCAAACAUUGAUAGCCUCAUCUGAAGCUGUAGAAGUGGCAUAGUUUGUAAUCUGUGUAAAUUAAAUAUCCAUUCUGAAUAUAUUGAUCAUUUAUA